ACAGAGGAGAACAAACACGUAAGUGAUCGCAAUUCCUAAAAACUUUAUAGCAAUUCUUCCCAUCUAGCUAGAACGCCAUGGCUUAUCCCAAGGACAAGAUCGCUUUCUUGUACAUUCACAGGGAGAGCGGCGAGAUCGCCUUCAUCUCCCAGUCCGCGUCGCGCCAUGUCCCAGUCGCCCAGAAGGGCGAUUUCACCUUCCAGUCCGUGGUUGCGAGCAAGGCACAAGAUCUCGAGGCAGCCAAGCAAGCCUCGCGCACCAUCGCUCCAGCGAUCAACAAGUACACCAUCACUCUGCUCGGAGCUGACCAAUCCAGCACCUGGGCAGCCACGAUCUACGAGAGAUUCCUCGGCAAUGGCUUCGAGGGCGUGGUGUUCGUGGAUCCAGGUACGCUGGAGCGCGAGAUCGACUACCUCGCCCCUCUCUUGCUGGACAACAGCGCCAUGACGAGAUCUUGCCUCCUGGACGCCUCCACUGCCGAUCAAGAGGUGGACGAGAUCACCGCUCGCGCGCUGGAGAUCAUCGAGAAGAACUUCAUCCACUUUGCCAGCAACGACCAGUGGUUUACCAGCGGAGGCAAGCAGAGAUUCGGCGAGGGAGUGAGAUACCACGUCGCGAGAAACGUUCCUCUCGAGUUCAUCCUGCCGGCGUUUCCAGUGAAGUCGUGCAAUCCAGACAAGACGCUGGGGAAGUUCCCGGACAAGGCCGAGGAGCUCGCCAUUCGCUCCAUGAAGAUCAUCGCGGAUCUCGUCAAGGAGGUCUAUCCUCCGGGCGUGCACUACAACAUCGUCUCGGAUGGCCACGUCUUCUCGGAUCUGGUUGGAGCCGAUGAUGCUACUGUGGAUACCUAUGGAAGGAUGUUCCGCGAGAUGGCGCAUGAUCUACAUCCCGGAUUGAUCAACUUCUUUCGCCUGGAUGAUUUCCUCCUGGACAACCAAGACGAGGAUAGCAUCGCAGCGCUGAUCUCCAACACGAUCUUGGAGCACCCGAUCGAGACGAAGCUGACUUCCAGCGCAGAGACCGCGAGACGAGCGCUACUGUGCUUGUUUGGCAACGACGAAUCCUCCGUGAGGAAGGACAUCCAAGAGAGCGUGGAGACGCGCAACUUACACCAUGGCUUCUCCAGAUUCAUGCUCGAGGAUCUCCAAGAACACAAGAGCUGCAAGGGUCUCCCCUCGCUCGCCGCAAAGGAGGAGCUUUGCAGCAAGGUGGGCUUCCUCAUGCUCUUGCGCAACCGCGCCUACUCGGCCAUGGUGGAGUGGCUCUUCCCUCUCGCGCUGCGCGUCUCGAUCCACCCGCAUCCCAAUCGCGGCCCCAAGUAUGGGAUCAAUGUGAUCCAUGCCUCGCUGCUCGCCGCGCAGCGCUCGUCCGAGGAGAAGAACUUCCACAUCCCCACGCCGUGGCACAACGCGGUGGUGGAGCUCGCGGAUGGGAAGUUCAUGCUGCUCCACUCCAAAGUCAUUCGAUCUGGGGAGCUCUCGGGGAAGCUGGCUUGCGAGGAGCUGGGAUCGAACGAGCAGGUGCUGCUCAAGCGCGAUGGCUACACGAUGGAGCUUGUGAAAUUCCCAGAUGGUCGACCCAGCCACUACAAGCAGAUCAAAGCCUGCUAAGUUCCUCGCAAACUUACAAUGAUCGUUGUUACUUCCAAAUGAAAGAAGCAAAGAUUUCCAUU